AUGGUGUUUUACGGCGGCCAAGAAGAACUCGACAGUCUUGUCUGGGAUAGAAAUGACGAGGAUUCUGAGGCAGCACAGAAUCAACUGAGGCUUAAAACCUUCUACCGUCAAGUGGAAGAGUUUUUCCAGCAUCAAUUCGGUAAACUAGCAACACUCAUUUCGCCCUUGAUCUUUGGAGGGUUCGACGUUCUUUACCGAGUGCAAGUGGAAGAAAUGUCGCCUCAUAUUAUGGUUCGACUUCCAUGCCCAAGCCCCGUUCAGUUCCCUGGUGAGAAGACAAUGUAUGGGGCAGCGACAGCUUGUCUUGUGGCACAAGAGACCAAGUUGCCGGUUCCGCGCCAUUUGCACUUCGACCAAGACUCGGUGUUAGGUCCCUUUAUCAUCAUGGAGCGACGAGAGAAUAGUGGGAGCAUAUCUGCCAGGCUAGCACGGCCAAAUAAAGACCUGUCAGUGCCCCACGUCCUUGACCCAAACGUAUCUGAGUCUCUUUUGCAUGCUAUCUGGCAAAGAGUAGCGCAUUGCUUGUUGGCAAUGUCCCGACUAGCUUUCCCAAGGAUUGAAUCUCUGCUCCAAACUCAUGCUCAUAUCUAUGAAGUUGCCGGUCGUCCAUUGUCUCAUAAUAUGACCGACAUGCAUAACGACCUUGUUACUUCUGAAGACAACUGCCGGAAUAAAUAUGUAUCGCGGCAAAUAUUUCGCCGACUGGCCAGACAUGGCAAAUUGUCAAGCUUUGGGUUUGCUGAAGAUGCUUGGUCAUCACAGCCAUCUCGGAUUUUGCCAGAAACACUAUCACCAUGUCCUCUUAACUCUGGCCCUUUCCGGCUAUGGGGCGAUGACUUUCGCGCAGGCAACGUCCUGCUUGACGACUCGGAUGAGAUAGCUGCUCUCAUUGACUGGAAGUAUACAUAUGCUGGACCAGCGCAAUUUAUUCUUGACCCGCCCUGGUGGUUGCUAGUUGAGACCGCAGAAAUGUGGUCACCGGAUCUCAACGACUGGAAGAAAACCUACGAGUCUCGUUUAGGCAUUUGGCUUUCGCCCAUGGAGAAAGCAGAAGCCAGCAUGGGCAAAUCAGCCUAUAACACUUUCCCAGUGCCCCUAUCUAGGUAUAUGCGCGAAAUCUGGCAAACAGGACGCUUCUUUCUAAGCUGUGCGGCCCGUAGGAGUUGGGCAUUUCACUCUAUGUACUGGAACUUCCUAGAUGAGAGGUUCUUUGGUGAUCGAGAUCCUGGCGUGGUGAAAGGCGAUCUCUGGACGACACGGAUUGACUUGUUGAGUGAUGACGAGAGAGCUGCCAUGGAGCCCUUUAUACAGAGGAAGAUGGCCGAGAGCAAGGAAAGGCGUAUUGUCGAAUGGGAUGAGACUGAGGCACAGAAGCGGUUUUCUGAACUCCUGUUCAACUAG